AUGCAUCGUCUUUUUGCUGAGCUGGAGCCAUCUUUAAUCGUCACAGAGCAAAACCUGGCAGACCGAGUUCGGUAUAUCUUGCGCUCAAAUAUAUUUGAUGUCGCCGAACUCGAACAGCUACGACGUGAGGCUGUUCCCUCGUCGGAUGAGAAUGCUACGGCUGAGGAUGCGGCACCACAAAUGGUAGAGCAACCCGCAAACGUGGAUGCCGCCGUGAAUACCCCAGUUGUGGUUAAUUCAAACGAUGAUGGAACAGUCGCCCAGGAACUGGAAUUAGAGCAUAUGAGGAGUACAUUGGAAGAGGCGAUUGUGGAAACGCGCAGUACGCCUCUCGAAAAUCGAUCGCGACUUCCCCGCAUAGCCCUAAGCAAGCGGAAUCGGGCUGUCGUGAGGGCUCUGAACCCAAUGCUGGUGACCUAUUUGGAAGCCAGCCGGGACCUUUGCGAGACGGACUCAAUUCUUUUAGGCGCCGCGCUGGCAGUCUGCUGUAUCAUAGGCGCCAAGGUUUCCACGGCUGGACGCGCAACUGGCCAUAGUAGCGCUAUUCCAGCAUGGAGAAGAAGAAUUGAGGAACGUAUCGCAAAGGCUAGAGCUCACAUCGGCAGACUGAUAUGCUUCAGAUCAGGCAACAACAGGCCAAGAAUUGUGCGCACCCCGGAUAUAACGCAAAAACUGACGGAGCGCAUAGACGAUCUGAAGCAGAGAAUCGCUGCUUGGGGAAAGCGGAUUUGGCGAUAUACCGAGAGGUCGACACGGUUCAACCAGAAUCGUCUCUUCCAGAGUGAUCAGAAGAGGCUCUAUGAAUCAUUGGAGCGACCAAUGGAAAGUGGAACAGGUCCAGCACCGAAUCAGGCCGACACUGUAGCAUUCUGGCGCGGCCUGUGGUCAGAGCCCGUAAACCACAGCGAGGGCCCUUGGACGGAAGUUGUGGCGAGUCAGUGUGCGGGUAUUACGCCCAUGGACCCCGUCAUCAUAACGCCGGAUGAUGUAGCUGAGGCGGUCCGUAGGGACCCGAACUGGAAAAGUCCGGGGCUUGACGGGCUGCAUCACUACUGGCUGAAUGGGUUCAUGAGCAAAACCUGGCAGACCGAGUUCGGUAUAUCUUGCGCUCAUAUAUAUUUCUGUUCUGUUCCCUCAUCGGAUGAAAAUGCUACGGCUGAGGAUGCAGCGCCACAAAUGAUAGAGCAACCCGCAAACGUGGAUGCCGCCGUGAAUACCCCAGUUGUGGUUGAUUCAAACGAUGAUGGAACAGUCGCCCAGGAACUGCAAUUAGAGCAUAUUUGGAGUACAUUGGAAGAGGCGAUUGUGGAAACGCGCAGCACGCCUCUCGAAAAUCGACCGCGACUUCCCCGCAUAGCCCUAAGCAAGCGGAAUCGGGCUGUCGUGAGGGCUCUGAACCCAAUGCUGGUGACCUAUUUGGAAGCCAGCCGGGAACUUUGCGAGACUGAUAUGCUUUAG